CUGAAUUUUUGGCAGUUGCGAUGGCACGUAGAAACUGUAGUGUAAACUUUUAAAGAAACAAAGGUAUGAUUUAUGAAAUUAAUUUAGAAAUGAACCAACAUGCGUAUUUUGUGGUCCUGUUGUUUAUAUGCUUGAAUAUUUCUACCACUCACCUUCUGCAGCAAGAAGAGGUAGGGGCGCAACACUACCCCAGGCAGCACCGCCCACAGAAAUAUCCACCCCAGCAGCCGUUCGACUAUGGUGGGGUUGACGGUCCAGACUACGGUACAGGGGACCAGCAGAGUGCCAGGAACGUUGCCUGGGGCAGUGCAGCGAGGCCACCGGCUAGGAUCAGUGAUUUCUUGUCGUCAGCUUCCAGGCUCCUUCAAGGCAGCAUGCAACAGAAGGCCUCGACACCUCGUCAUUCAUCACUGAACUUGGUGGAAAACUGGCCUAACCCACGGAAGCUAAUGGGCCAGUUAUCCGCCGUCGACUUGGACAGCCAUGGCAAUGUCUUAGUAUUCCAUCGUGGGGAUAGAGUUUGGAACCAAGACACGUUCUCGCCGGACAACAAGUACCUGCACGAGGACUGGGGUCCCAUCAGAAAUAACACCAUCGUGGUGUUCAAUUCUUCGACUGGGGAAGUGGUGAAGGAAUGGGGAAGUAGCCUCUUCUACAUGCCGCACGGCCUAACCGUGGACUUUGAAGACAAUGUGUGGGUCACAGACGUAGCUCUCCACCAGGUGUUGAAGUUCUCGCCGGGUGGAGGCACACGACCCUUGCUGGCGCUCGGUGGUCGUUUCACACCCUCGAGCGACAGGGGCUUCUUCUGCAAGCCUACCGACGUUGCGGUCAUGAAGACCACGGGAGACUUCUUCGUGUCCGAUGGCUACUGCAACAGUAGAAUAAUUAAGUUCUCCAAGAAUGGCACAUGGAUACUGCAGUGGGGAAGGAGCACACUCUAUGCAGCUCCUCCACCGAACCUGCACUACUCGUUCAACGUGCCUCACGCACUCGCACUGGCAGAGGACAGGCAGCAGCUGUGCGUUGCGGAUCGUGAGAACGGCCGCGUGUUGUGUUACAACUGCCACAACGCCUCAUUCGUGUUGCAGAUUCAAUCCAAGAGCAUUGGCAGCAAGAUAUAUGGUGUGGCUUACACAAAAGCACAAGGGGGCCUUCUUUACCUGAUUAACAGCCCAGAGAACGCUCGUGUGGCAAGUGGGUUUGCUGUAAACAUGACAUCCUUAGACAUUGUCGAGCAGUUUCCAAUUGGUGCAGAUUGGUCUGCGCAGCCUCAUGACAUAGCUGUCUCUGCCAAUGGCGGUCAGGUUUAUGUUGUGGAAUUGAGUAACUACAGAGUCUGGAAAUUUGUUAAAGAUGAUGUGAACAGUUCCAGUGUAGAAAUGGAUAAGAUCUCUCUGGAAAACAGUGAUUCACCAACAGCUGCUGCUGCUGCUGCUGCUGCUGCUGCAUCACUCGUUCAGAACAACCCAAGUAAAGGUGUUUUCAAUGCAACCGUAAUAAAAGAAGACGGCAAGUUCCGCCACACAGAGGCAACAUCUGUAGCAGCAGCUUUGGGAGUCAUAAUUGGUGCUACUGCAGUGAUUGGCAUUGUGGUGUUGGUGGUUCUGUUCAAGUUAAAGAGGAAAGGCUGUGCUUCCGGGGGCUACAGCGAACAUCGUGACCGCUGGGAGUUCCCCGUGCCGCCCGUCGAGGGCUUCAAGUUCUCUCAGUUCCUGGACCGGCACCAGGGCUUCGAGAAGGUCAGCACGGAGGAGAGCGACGACGAGGGUGCGAGUGGCAUCGCCAUGGCAACGCACCGCGCGCAGUACGCGUAGUUGGACCGCUGAAGGACAAUUUCCAGAUUCUAAGUAAACUGUGUUCGUAUACCAAUUUCAGGAGCAUAAUUUUAAUCUUAAUGUUACAACCACAGUACUACUGUACAGGAAAAAUUUUAUACAGUUUGGAAGUUACUCGAUAAAUAUUGUGUUCCAGUAUUUUCCCCACGAGUCAGGAGUGCAAAUUUCUCAUAAAGGCACUCAAAACAAUUCUCCAUAAAAUAUAUUUUAAAAACAGUUCAUAAAUGUUAACAACUCUACACUAUCAAACAAUAAAAUUUAACUAGUACUAAAUAUUAAAAUUUUCCAAUACCGAAAUUAUACAAUAUAUCAAUAAUAUAAGCAAAAUGAAAAGUUAUAUUUUUAUACUUAAUUUACACGGAGAGUAAAAAUUUCAAAAAUUAUAUGUAGGUAUCUGUUGCCUAGUCCGUAAGGGACACUGAAUUGUCUAAGUCCAUGAUGCAUGCAAGAUUUACACAAAAAUUUCUUAGCAGCGUGCAGAAUACAUCUGUAAAAAUGGAUAAUUUUGCUUUUACUAGUCCAGACACAAUAAAAAAAACUAAUAAAAAGUAGAAAUUUAUAAA